GCUUAACAAAAUAUCUCCAGAAGACAAGUGCACGUGCAUCUCUCCUCUUCUCUGUGAGCUUCGCUCUAGAAGCAAAUGGUUUUUUCGUUAUUUCGUUUUACCAAGUGACAACGAAGUCAUGCCUAGCAGUUGCAGCAUCAGAGCUCUCUGGAUCCUCAACAGCCUCCAUGCCGUUGUUUUAUCUCGGAAAUUCCCGGUGGUGGAGAAGCAGUGGCGUGCUGCUUGUAAGACCAUAAACGACACCUCAAAAGAUGCAGAAGAAGAUCCUCUCAAGUACACCGUUUUCCCCUUUCUCCCGAACGACGCCGAACUAUCUUCCGCUUUUGUUGAGAGAAAGAAACGUGAGGGAUCAUUGCGAGGAUACGGUAUUCGUGUGAAUAAUCAAUCGGUCGAAGGGUCGGAUUCAUGGGUGGAUGAUCCGAUUACGCGGCAUAUAAUAAGUAUUAAUGUAGAGUCAAAGGAGAAGGGAGGAGAGAAUCAUUUGUUAUGGCCUUUGAUUUUGCAUUUAAGGGGAAGUUAUGUAAUUCUCGUGUUGCCAUUGGUUGAGCCGGUGCAUUUGAAGGCCUACGCCAAGUUAUGUAGGAAAUCGGAUUGUGGAAAUGCUGUUGGAGUGGAUGCAAGUUUGUCUUCUAUCUUACUUGAUACCCCUUCCAUCACAGGGGCAUUCAUGGUGGCACAUGCUAUUGGUGACAUAAUUGUGGGUGAUGUGGUAGAUCCGGAUGUGGUUGUGAAUGCAGCACCAUCUGUGGGAGGGUUGUUGGAUUCUUUAACUGGAAGCAUAGGGAUAGCAGGUAUAUCAUCAAGGGCAAAACCUGUGGCUGCACCAGUUGCAUCUGCAACACCCUCUGGCGCUGCUUCAAUUGGGACUGUUACAGCCGAUACUCCAAAACUUGGUUCAAGGCCCUUGGAUAAAGAUACGCUUCGAAAUUUCAUCAGUAGCGCAAUGCCAUUUGGUACUCCUUUAGAUCUCAACUACUCCAAUAUUUUUGCUAUCAAGGCUAAUGGCUUUUCUUCAUCAGAUCUGCCUCCUGCAGAUCUCAAGCAACCAGCAUGGAAACCAUAUCUUUUCAAAGGAAAGCAAAGAAUAUUUUUCACAAUUCAUGAGACUAUUCAUGCUGCCUUGUAUGACCGGGAGGAGAUUUCAGAUACCAUAUCAGUCUCGGGUCAGAUAAACUGUCGAGCAGAAUUGGAAGGUUUGCCUGAUGUAUCACUUCCUUUGUCAGGAUUGAACAAGGCUCAUGUUGAGGUUUUAUCAUUCCAUCCCUGUGCCCAAGUUUCAGAACAUGGUGCUGAUAAGCAAGCUGUGAUGUUUUCUCCACCAUUAGGCAAUUUUGUUUUAGUGCGUUAUCAGGCCAAUUGUGGAUUUGGUCCUCCUAUAAAAGGAUUUUAUCAAUUGUCAAUGGUCUCUGAAGAUGAAGGCGCAUUUUUAUUCAAGUUGCAUCUAAUGGAGGGAUAUAAGGCUCCUUUGACUAUGGAAUUCUGUACAGUGACUAUGCCUUUUCCAAGGAGAAGGGUUGUCUCUUUUGAUGGGACCCCUUCUGUUGGAGCAGUUUUAACCACGGAGCACUCAAUUGAAUGGAAAAUCAUCCCAAUUGGUCGGAGCCUUUCUGGGAAAAGUAUUGAAGCAACUUUCCCUGGAACAGUUAGGUUUGCCCCAUGGCAAAUCCAAAGAUUUCCUCCCUCUAAUUCUGGCUUUGGAAAAAUGGGUGAUGAAGAUAGUGAUGUUGAGAUAGAGAGUACAAGCAAUAUGGCAAAUGUGGAGGAAUUCUUGAUGGAAAAAAUGAGCAAGGAUCUUCCUCCAGUUGAUCUAGAGGAGCCAUUUUGCUGGCAGGCAUACAGAUAUGCUAAAGUAUCUUUCAAGAUAGCUGGGGCUUCAUUAUCUGGGAUGUCCAUCGAUCCUAAAUCGGUUAGCAUCUAUCCGGCUGUUAAAGCACCUGUGGAGUUCUCAUCUCAGGUUACUUCUGGGGAUUAUAUAUUGUGGAAUACACUGGGGAAGUGUCCAUCUGCAGCAGUGGCUCAGGUGUAGAAUUCGGCUGCAACCAAGGAAAUAUGAAAGUAUUAGAAAAAAAACUUGCGAGAAAGAUACUUGUGGGAUUUGAUGCUAAGCAUACUCGGUAUGCACAAGCAUAAAUUAUGAUCCUUCUACGAUGUAUUUAUUAUGCACCUUUAAGAUAGUAAACUUUGUGUGGGAUAUUCAAUGAUAAGAUACAAACCGUAGGCGCUAAAAGGAUUUGAUCGAAAAAAUAUUUGGAAAAGACAAAUAACCAGUAAGUUUAAUUUUGAAGUUUUUCUUUCCAACAA